GUCGAUUCUUAUGGAAGAUAUUUUUGGGAAGGAAACAUCCAGUGGUGUGACAAUGAUACACCAGUUCCAUGGAGGAAGGAAACCACACAGGAGUUUUAGAGUUCAUCCUCCUCGGACUCUCAGAGGAUCCAGAACUGCAGCCCCUCAUAUUUGGGCUGUUCCUGUCCAUGUACCUGGUCACCGUCCUUGGGAACCUACUCAUUAUCCUGGCCAUCAGCUCUGACUCCCACCUGCACACCCCCAUGUACUUCUUCCUCUCCAACCUGUCCUUGGUCGACAUCUGUUUCAGCAGCACCAUAGUCCCCAAGAUGCUGGUGAACAUCCAGACAGAGAACAAAGCCAUCUCCUACAUGGACUGCCUCACUCAGGUAUAUUUUUCCAUGUUUUUUCCAAUCCUGGACACUCUACUCCUCACUGCAAUGGCCUAUGACCGGUUUGUGGCCAUCUGUCACCCCCUGCACUACAUGGUCAUCAUGAACCCCCGCCUCUGUGGUCUGCUGGUUUUUAUUACCUGGUUCACUGGUGUCAUGACAUCCCUCCUCCAUAUUUCUCUGACGAUGUAUCUGACUUUCUGUAAAGACCUCGAAAUUCCACAUUUCUUCUGUGAAUUGACACAGAUCCUGAAGUUGGCCUGCUCUGACACCUUCCUGAACAAUACAUUGAUAUAUUUUAUGACUGGCAUGCUGGGUGUUUUCCCCCUCCUUGGGAUUCUUUUCUCUUACUCACGAAUCGCUUCUUCCAUAAGGAAGAUGCCUUCAUCUGGGGGAAAACAAAAAGCAUUUUCCACCUGUGGUUCUCACCUCUCAGUCGUUUCUUUAUUUUAUGGGACAGGCGUUGGGGUCCACUUCACCUCUGUGGUGACUCACUCACCCCAGAAAACUUCUGUCGCCUCAGUGAUGUACACCGUGGUCACCCCCAUGCUGAACCCCUUCAUCUACAGCCUGAGGAACAAGGAUGUGAAGGGGGCCCUGGGAAGACUCCUCAGCAGAGCAGCCUCUUGUCUGUAGUGGAGUCAUCAGCCCUAGGACUAAGCAUAUGGGUACCAAUGGAGGCAGAAAUUGCCUUUUGAUGUUCUUAUUCCUCUUUUUUAUUUUU